AUGUCUUGCAAUAUUAGUCGGUUGUUAAUUGACGCAGUUGUAGUAAUUAUUAUAAGUACGUUAUUAACUUGGCAUCAAAACGAUAACUUCAGUACACAAGAGGCAUUCUUAACGCCAGCAUUAAGCAGAAAUCAACAAGAUGAAUUGCAUGCUAUCGCUAAGAAGCUUGUUCACUUUGGAAAAGGCAUUUUAGCAGCAGACGAAAGCAUUGAUACGAUUGGCAAGCGCUUUAAAUUGUUUGGGAUAGAAAAUAAUGAGGAAAAUCGAAGAAACUAUCGGCAUCUGCUAUUCACGACACCCAAUAUAUCGCAAUACAUUUCGGGAAUUAUACUACAUGAAGAAACAUUUCAUCAGAAAGAUAACGGGGGUGUCCGUUUUGUCGAUAUAAUUAAGAGGGCUAACAUUUCUCCAGGAAUCAAACUUGAUAAAGGACUUCAAAGUUUUGAUGGGAGUUCAGAAUACAUCACAGUAGGUCUCAAUGAUUUAAAAGAGAGAGCUGUGUCCUUCAAAUCAGGAGGAUGUGAAUUUGCGAAAUGGCGAUGUGUCUUUGUUAUUUCCGAAACUACACCUUCAAAAAAGGCUUUGGAAACAAAUGCCAAAAUACUUGCUAAAUAUGCUGUUAUAAGCCAGAAAGCAGGCUUAGUUCCAAUAAUUGAACCUGAGGUUCUUUGUGACAAGGAGCAUCAUUUGGAAAAAGUGAGGGAAGUUACGGAGCAAGUUUUGGCACAAGUGUAUAAAUCGCUUCAUGACUAUGGCGUCUUCAUUGAAGGUACACUCCUAAAGCCAAAUAUGGUUAUACCAGGGCUAGAUUUCACGAAGGUAAUUUCAGUGUUAAUUGAAUUUUGUGAAUUUGAGGUUGGGCAUGAGAAAGUUGCUGCUGAAACACUACAGGCAUUAAUGAGGACAGUCCCUCCAGCAGUUCCCGGCAUUGUUUUCUUAUCAGGAGGUCAAUUGGAAACUGAUGCUACUAAAAAUUUAAAUGAAAUCAAUAAGUUGCCAAGAUACAAACCAUGGAAAAUUUCUUUCAGUUAUGGAAGAGCUCUACAAACAUUAGUUUUAAAGGCGUGGGCGAUGCAUGACAAAGAAGUUCAAGCCAAAUUUCUACACAGAUCAAAGCUCAAUGCUCUAGCAGCAAAAGGACAAUACACUGAUGAGUUUGAAAAAGUUUAG